UUCAUCCCAGCUGUGCAUCAAGCGCAUAUAAACACGAAAAAUAGGUUCUGGGCUCCUUUUGAUCCUUGAUAUCCCACAAAAUUUUACUGAGUUUCACAAAAUUCUCCGAAAAGAGCCAUCCCCGACCGACGAACAAAUCUGCUUCAAUGUCCGAGAAUGCGGAAACCACACAACAGAAGAUGGAUCGUCGCAAAAAGCGUACAUCCACAAAUCAAUAUAUGAUGUACAUUGAAAUGAUGGAAAAGGACCCUAUCUUCGCUACAGGUCGAGUGCCGCGGGAUUAUGACACACAUUAUUUGGCCCGGAAAUGGAAAGAGCUCUCAGAUAAGCUCAAUGGGUGCAGCAAUGGGCCGACAUUAACUUCUGAAGAAUGGCGCAAGCGUUUAAAUGAUUGGAAAAAUACAACACGCUGCAAGUACAGGCGCAGUGUGUCGGGUGAAAAAGACAUAACUAUGACAUCUCUGGAGAUGCGUGCCCUAGAACUAUUUGGGAAGGUUCCUCCACAAAAUACACCCGAACAGAUUUCUAUACACUUUAAAUCGGAAAAGGAGGAGGACAUUGAGGAUAUGGAACACAUGCCGACCACGGAAACAUUCCAAAAACAGCUACAAGCUGCCGUUGAAGAAGCUAUAGGGGAUGAAGAGGGCGAUCAUAUUGUAGAGAAUGAACAGGACGACCAUGAGGAGAUAGUGCCAGAAAAUCCCCACCCUGUUUCGGUGACACAUUCGGGAAGCGGCAGCUUAGGACAGAACAACGGACACUCCGGCGGUGGAAAUGCAGCUAGUGGUCCCACAUAUCGCACCAUUGUUGUUGAAGAUUCGGCAUACCAUGACGAUGACAAUAGCCCAGAUGAACAGUUAGAGUUCAUAACACAUCGUCGCACAGCUUGUUCCAGUUCUGGAGUUCAGACAGUGGUGACAGCACCAUCGGGGACUGUGACCAAAUUGAUUAACGGCGAUAUACCAUUGAAAAGAUUACGAUCGCAAAUUUCCGAUCAAAUCAUAUACGAAGUUAAAAAAGCUCCGCAUUCUUCACGUCCUACCACGUUUACCGUCUCACAUCCAAACAUCCAGCAUCAUCAUCAGACGCAAACUCAAAGCCAUCAUCAUCAUCACCAUCAGCAGCAGCAGCAGCAUCAUAGUAUAGUUCAAGAAGUGCCGGCGACUUCUUCCACAGCGGCAGCUCUGGGCGGUCAGUUGUUUGCAUCGCAGGAUGUUCGUGAGGUGGCAAGGCAACUAAAGCGUUUGGCCGACAUUAAAACGGAAAAGCUCAAAUUUGAAAUUGCCCGAUAUAAAUUCAACAAUCCAGGCUUCAAUUACAACUUCAAUCCCUUAUAGUAGGAUGAGGAUUUUAAUGGUGAUGUUGUAGCGGAUGUCGUUUCAAAUGAAGCUUAUUAUUCCUAGAUACCAUAUUGUAAAGAUUUCAAACUUUUCUACUACUAAUCCCAUUGUAGUUUGACUUCAUUUGAGUUGUUGGUCCUAUCCAAAUCCUCUUCAUUUCCCCAUACUUUUUGUAUUAUUUUUAUAUUAGCAAUUUAAUGUAUGUAUUUACUUGUAAGUUUAGUCCCAAAUCUCCUUUUGUUUUUAGUUGUAGAUUAAUGAAUGAAGCCAUUGUUUAAUAAUCCCACCUGCCCGCCCGCUCCCACAAUUACGUUCCUCAAACGUAUUGUUAUUUAAGUUUAUUUAUAGUCAAGUUUCUCUGUCAUACACACACUCUCUUGCCUGAAAUGCAAAAACUCCAACAACCCUAGAGAAAACUUUGGAGGCAAAUGAAAUGAUCGCAUACGUCAAGUAUUUAUUGUUUUCAAAUUGAAAAAGUUUGGAAUUUCACGAGAUAUUAUUUUCUAAUGAUGCCAUGUAUAAAUCAUGCUACACAUACACUGUCUUCUAGCGAACCAUAUUCUGUUAUUCAAGCAAACAAAAAGCUAUCUUAGUUAAGUAGAAUAUCUUAAUAGCCAACUUGUGCAUCCUUAUUGAAAAAUCAACCCUCCCCGGUUUGGAGGGGAGUUUCGAUCUAAACUUUCUUUUGACAAAGACAAUUUUGUGACAUAUUUUGGAUAAAAUUGACUUCCUCAAUUUUCCCCCUUUCACAAAAUCCAAAAUAAAACUUGGUUUUAUUCAUUUGCAUUUCAGGUGACGGCGUGUAUUAUUUGCUUUUUCCAAUAGUUACGUUCUCAUACGUAUAUGUAUAAUGAUUUCUUCAGUUCAUGCAUUCAUUUUAUGUCUGUGUGGACAAGUUAUUAUAUUAAAGCAUAAAUAUAACUUUUAGUCAUAUAGUUUUAGUC